AUGUCGUCAGAACUGCUAACCCGCAUCGAGCUACCCUUCCUCCUGGCACUCCGUUACAAGGAGGAGCCCGGCCAGCACGACUCAGGCUACGUGCGGCCUCAAGGAAGUCCUGUUCCCUACCCCGCCAGCAACUAUCGGAGGAGCACCGCUGGCUUCACUGAUCCUCAGGUGAGAGAAGAUUGUGGCUUGUGGGCCACUCUAUUCCUUGAGAAGCUUUUGGCUCAUUAUUGGGAGUUUCCUAGAGCUGAGAUGUGGACGUUUAGCUAUGAAGCGAAUCUCCAGGAGACUCAGUGCGAUGAGUAUCGCUGGAUCGGGAUGAAGGUCACAUCUCCUUACCUUGAGCCUUACGACCAAUACAGACAACUUGAGGCGGUCCUCAAGCUCCUCAACGAGAAGCUAAUCACCUUUGCCAGCGCUGAAACAAGACUAAAACUCACAUUCACCCCUCGAAGAGGAGCCUUUAACCUCGAACGGCUUAAGGAAAUCGCAUCCAUGUUAUGGGUGACAGACCCUCUCCUGAGUAGGCUUCACCCCCCUCACUGCGGACCAAGCUCACUACCCUCUUUGGGCUUUCAGUUCACAAACCUUGUCAGGGAGCAUGAUCCCAUCGACCUCAAGGUGGAAAUGGGUUUGGGUGUUCUUAUUGAUGAUCCUUGGACUGAUCGCCUUUCCUGGCACCGCCGACAGCUCAGGGUCAUGGCUCAUCCUGGGGAGUUGUGUGAAGGGAGGUAUAGGCCUGGACUCGACAAGAUUCACAAGGCUAAAUCUAUCCCAGACCUACUUCAUCUCUUGAAGUUGGCCGUUAAAAAGAGAGGCAAUAAGCACAAGUUCCAGGCGGCAUACAACUUUCAGAACGCCACCGAUCCGACGCACCCGCGUAUCGAGCUGAGUCAACAUUGCGGAACUCUUCACGGUCCAGCCAUCGUGGAUUGGGUCGCCAUUUGCAAGUUUAUUCUCGAACCUCCUCGACCAGCGCACGACUCAUCUCUCAUCGCAGCUUCAAGAAUCUUGAGACAGCGUGUCGAGCAAGGCUUCACCGUUUUCGAUUGUCUGCGCUCAGACGGCAUAGGAAAGAUGAGGUAUUACACGCCAAGGAAAGAAUUUCAAGUCCCAGACUUGAUCUACUGGCCAGUUCGGACAAGAUCCGUCCUCAAAUAUGACCCAGAGCCUGGGCUGGUGAAAUCUUACAGGUCGUUGGACGACGCUGAGAUGGAGGCUCAGAAUUGGGUCAAGUUCACCAAAGGCGUCAAGGGCACCAGUAAAAGCACCUACUCCUUUGGCGUGGAGCUGGAAAUGUUGCUCCCUACGUUAGAGCAUCCGACGAAGGACCUAAAGCCAUCUUUUUACACUUAUCAGUAUAUCGACGACCCCCCUGACCAGCUAUUCUUUGACAUCGGAGAAAAGCUUCGUUUAGCACAAGAAGAAGGCUCGGUCAAAGGGGCAUCCCGUCGGGACUCGCAACCAUGGACCCCGACGUUUCCAGAAACUGAGCCAACCUCGACCACAGGUAAGGGCGAUUUGAAUUUAGACAUGGCCAUGAGGAAUUUCGAUUCCUGGCUGCUUGAUCAAUUGCUGACUGAUCCAGAAGUGAGUUCAUCAGAUACUUCAAUGAUGGACGUCGGCUCAGUUCCCGCAUCGAGCCUUCUUGAUUCUGACCCGAUGGACGUUGACGCAUCCUCCGAAGAAGACACUACCCCUGAGAACGACCCCCAUCCCGAUGAUCCCAGGGAGAUCGCCCACGGGAGAUGCUUUUCUCGCCGAGCCCAUCAGAUAGCGGGCAUCAUCUCUUCGUUCGGCCACCCGGCGUACUUCAUCUGCAACCACAGCAACGGCACCGGUCGCCCUUGGAAGCGCGAGCUAGCAAAACACGGCCUCUUCCACGUGGGCGACCUAAAACUCAACUACCACGCGUGGUCCCUCGAGCAAGACGGGUCACUCAAUGAGUCCUUGGCCUGGGCCGGAUACUGGAAGCUGACCGGCCUUGAGCUCAUCAGCCCGGUCUGCCAGGACGUGCCCGAGGACUGGGAGAGGAUCCUUGAGGUUGUUGGUGGUGUUGCGGCAAAAAUCAGGGUGAUUGAAUCUGUCACCUGCGGACUACACGUUCACGUUGGUAAGGGCCAGCAGAUCUUCCCUAUACAUCUCCUUCGAAAGAUGUUCUGCCUUAUGUGCUGCGUGGAGAAUAUUGUCUUUAGCCUCUGCCACCCCUUUAGGAGACACAUGACAUACUCAGCUGCCUUGAUGAUGUCUGCAGAAGAGAUAAGACGGGAUUCUCAGAACAGAGCUCCACACCCGGACCUCAAGAAAUAUUUCCCUGACGAAGUCGAGGAGGAUCCUCUCCUCUGGGUCGUCUUGAAAAAUAUGUGGACAGUACGUGAUCUGGACCAGCUCAAGCGGUACUGCCGCAAGGUCUCACUGUCCAUAUCAACUUGUCAGGCUCUCAACGCGAAGGGCCAGCCCCCAGAACAGCACGAAGAGGAAGUUUACGCCAAGGGCACCGUCGAGUUCCGUCACCUAGAAGGAACCAUGAACCCUGACUUGGUGCUGCGAUGGGGUCAACUCGCUGUCGCCCUCUUCCAGUUUGCCGACCUCGCAAAGCCGGAUGACUGGCAAAAGCUGAUCAGCACCGCACUCAAGUGCAAGGACUCGAGGAACUAUAACCUUGACCUUCUUGACGACUUUCUCCAGCAGCUUGGUCUGGGGGAGGACUUUCCCUUCUGGGAGCACAGAAUUCGUUGGUUCAGUGACAUAAAGAUACCCGGGGAGAGUAAUCUGGUCCUAGCCUUUUACGGUCAGCCUCCCCUUAACGCCAAGUUUGAACGUGCAGUCUCCAACGAAGGCAUGGAGGCUCUACGAAAGAAUAUUUGCCAAAGAGACAGGAGGCCGCCAUAUCUAGCCCAAGAGCAAGAGGAAAUUAGCUGA